CCCUCCCGAGGAGGAGAGGUAAGCGGUGCCGGUGUCGCUGCCACGAACCUGGGCGCAAGGCCCGAGGGUUACAGCUACCAUACGCCCCAGUUCGGGCUGUCCGAGGGCGGUGCAGCGACCUCUAGUGCUAGUUUAGUAUUUGGAGCCGGAUCGGGAGUCGCAUCGCACGAACUAGACGAUUGUGUUGAGCCGGAGCUACACGGUCAAGUGAACUAUUUCGCUCCCCAACCACAAGAAUCCACGAGCCACUCGGGGUCGGGAUCUUCCUCUUACCAGAGUGCAUCCUUCGGACACCAACAGCACUCGCAGACGCACUCUGCUGGUGAAGCUGCACAUCUGUUUCCGCACUAUCACCAGCAGCAUCAGCAGACGCAUCAUGAACCACAGGUUGACUACUUCGCCAACGUACACCAGCACCAACAGCAGCACCACGGCCAUCAUCAGGCGACCGUGCAGUACGUCCAGCAGCCGGUCGUGAAGGAGGAAGUCCACAAGCACGUGUACGUGCAUGUGGCGCCGGAAGAGAAGGAAGAGAUCCACCAGAAGGUGAUCCUGCCGACGUACACUAAGCAGCGACACUACAAGAUCAUCUUCAUCAAGGCACCGUCGCCGCCGGUCCCAGCCAAGGUGGUCCUGCCGCAGCAGCCGCUCAACGAGGAGAAAACACUCGUGUACGUCCUCCACCAGAAGCCCGAGCUGGAGCAGGAGAUCGUAGUGCCCCAGCCGGCCACGGCGAAGCCGAGCAAACCGGAGGUCUACUUCAUCAAGUACAAAACCAAGAAGGAACACCAUCAGCACCAGGAGGAGCACUUCGCCCCGAUCGUCGUGACGGAAGGAUCGUACCACCAGCGGCACAGCACCACCGCAGCGCCACCCAUCAAGCUGACCACCGUCGCCGCUGGCCACCACCUCCAACCAGCUACCAGCUCCAGCUACGUCAGUAGUACGGCACGCACCGCCGCCGUUGCGAGUCACCAUCGGGGGCAAGACAUCAGCAUCACCAACAGCGGUCUGUCCGGCUACGCCUCGGCCACCAGCCAAACCUCCAAGGCCCCAUCAGCCACCGGGCGUGGGUCGGGGUCGAAAAAGUCCUGCCGAAAGUGUAGCAAAUCCACCAGCAGCCAGCUCGAAGUCGGCAGCGGUGGCACUCUGGAUGCGUUCGUGUCGAACAACUUCUAA